AUGCACCCACCUUCGCCAUCACUUCCCCCUACUGUCGCCAUCACUUCCCCCUCACGUCGCCUCCACUUCCCCCUACUGUCGCCAUCACUUCCCCCUCCCGUCGUCUCCACUUCCCCCUCACGUCGCCUCCACUUCCCCCUCCCGUCGCCUCCACUUCCCCCUAACGUCGCCUCCACUUCCCCCUCACGUCGCCUCCACUUCCCCCUCACGUCGCCUCCACUUCCCCCUCCCGUCGCCCCCACUUCCCCCUCACGUCGCCUCCACUUCCCCCUCACGUCGCCUCCACUUCCCCCUCCCAUCGCUUCCACAUCCCCCUACAGUCGCCUCCACUUCCCCCACCCGUCGCCUCCACUUCCCCCUCCCGGCGCCUCCACUUCCCCCUCCCGUCACCUCAACCUCCCCCUCAUGUCACCUCAACUUCCCCCUCCCGUCGCCUCCACUUCCCCCCCCCCCGUCACCACAAGUUCCCCCUUUUCCCCUCUCACCCCCUUCUCCGCCCUGCUCACUCUCUUUCCCCCACUGCUCACCCCCUUCUCCACCCUGCUCACUCUCUUUCCCCCACUGCUCACCCCUUUCUACACCCUGCUCACCCCUUUCUACACCCUGCGCACUCUCUUUCCCCCAUUCCUCACCCCCUUCACCACCCUGGUCAUUCUCUUUCCUCCUUUCCUCACCCCCUUCACCACCCUGGUCAUUCUCUUUCCCCCUUUCCUCACCCCCUUCACCACCCUGGUCAUUCUCUUUCCCCCUUUCCUCACCCCCUUCACCACCCUGGUCAUUCUCUUUCCCCCUUUCCUCACCCCCUUCACCACCCUGGUCAUUCUCUUUCCCCCAUUCCUCACCCCCUUCACCACCCUGGUCAUUCUCUUUCCCCCUUUCCUCACCCCCUUCACCACCCUGGUCAUUCUCUUUCCCCCUUUCCUCACCCCCUUCACCACCCUGGUCAUUCUCUUUCCCCCUUUCCUCACCCCCUUCACCACCCUGGUCAUUCUCUUUCCCCCUUUCCUCACCCCCUUCACCACCCUGGUCAUUCUCUUUCCCCCUUUCCUCACCCCCUUCAACACACGGCUCACUCUCUUCCACACUUGCUCACCCCCUUCUACACCCUGCGAUCUCUAUUUCCCCUACAAACACCCUCCCUGUCCCCCAGUCCUACCCUCCCUUUCCCCCCCUCCACCUCGUCCUUCCCCGCACUACCCUUUCCUUUCCACCACACCUGCCCGUCCAAUCCCCCACUACCCCCGAUCCAAUCCCCCACUUCCCCCGAUCCAAUCCCCCACUUCCCCCGAUCCAAUCCCCCACUUCCCCCGAUCCAAUCCCCCACUUCCCCCGAUCCAAUCCCCCACUUCCCCCCAUCCAAUCCCCCACUUCCCCUGA